ACAUUUGAGUUCUUGUAGGAGAAUAUGCAGCGAGAAGAGAGAGAAAUCAUCGUUGAUUUGCUUCAAUAUUUGACAGAUGACAUUAUAGCUGGAGAUAUGCUACCACAUUUAAACUGUCUUACACAAGAUGACAAAGAAUAUGUUCUGUGUGAAGAAAAGAAUUAUGGUUACAGAAAAGCUGCUGUUGUUUUGAUAGACAGRAUUCAACGAAGACAAUAUGGCUUCCAACAGUUGAUCAGUGCUUUGAUACAGACUGGAUGCAAACACUUGGUGAAAUUGAUUCUAAUGAGACAAAAUGGGUUGCUACAAUCACUUGAGGGAUAUUAGAUUGCACACAACAUCAUGAAUUGAAGACGUUUCUCUGCUUCACAGGCUUCCAAGCAAAACAGAAAAAACAUGGGGAUUUUGAAAGCAACAUUUAAAAACUUGUCUAAUUAUGAAAACUAAUUUUGAUUGUCAACUUCAUAACAUGAAGAUUAAACAGUACAAAAUAUCAAA